ACAUUGUAUCCUCCAUAAUUCUGACCUGCCUUCCGCUACUCUCAUGGCUAUAAAGCUCAGUCCGGUCCACUCUUUUAUGUUGUCUUCCCACCACUUUCUCAGUUUAUACAGAAACAGUCACCGCCUGCGAGUAUUACACCCUACAUCUGUCUUGCUCGGACGGAAAGGCGCUCUUCAUUUUGGAGGCGACCUAUGGCAGGACGUCCGCCUCCCACUCCUGUCCUUGCGGCUCCAACUGUCGCACCGACUGCCGUACGUAUACGUCCAGCCUGACCGUGGUGAAGGCCGCCUGCCAUGGCUUUCAGCAUUGCACAGUGACAGCGAGGAGCGACGUAUUCGGUGACCCCUGUCCCCAUGUCAACAAGUACCUGGAGGUAUCAUACCGCUGUAUCACAGGCCCACCCUGUCCAAGCCCAUGGAAAGAACAUAACAACUACUGCUAUCUCUUCAUGAUGGAAAAAGUCAACUGGGAUACUGCAUAUCUACGAUGCAGUCUAAAAGGUGCAAAUCUCGCCUCUGUCAAGGACGGCAGAGAGAACAGCUUCAUCGAAGGUCUCAUCUCUACAGCCCCCAAAGGAUGGGAAGCCGCCUGGCUUGGACUCAGGGACAUGCACAAACACAAAGGUGGUCUGCUUAAGUGGAAGGAUGGAUCGCCAGUUUACUACACUAACUGGGCUCCAGGCGAACCAAACAACGACUACAUACCGGUGGUUGGCCGUCGAGAGGAUUGUGCCGCUAUGUACUCCGAGAACUACAGGUACUGGUUUUUCUGCCAGGAGAGGAAGAGAGGAAAGUGGAACGACUUUCAGUGCGAUUUCCGCUGUCCGUACGUUUGCAAGCGCCCAAUAUAA